AUGUCCUCGCCUCCUCGCUACUCUGACGAAAUUCACGACCCUGUCAAGUCCAGCAGCGUGACCGAACCUCUCCUCGGCGCCUCUUCCCGCACCCCCAACGUCGCUGCUGCCGCCUCUGGCUCUGUCAGCGCCCAGCGCCUCGCAGAAGAAGGCUGGAGCGAUGACGAUGUCGCCAAUGGCCUCAAACUCGGCCCCAAUGUCUCUGACUGCGACGCCGAGAUCCGCAUGUUCUUCAUCCGAAAAGUGUACUCGAUCCUCUCGGUGCAGCUUCUCAUGAGGACGGUGGUGUCUGUGUUGCUGUCACUGGAUGGGGCGAAAGAAUUCACGCAUGCGACUCCGUGGCUUAUGUGGAUUCCUAUGAUACUCAGCUUUGUCAGCUUGGGAUUCGUCUGGUGGAAGAGGCAUCAUCAUCCUGCCAACUUGAUACUAUUGGGACUGUUCACGCUUUUCGAGUCUGUCAUGAUUGGCCUCGCCGUCAGCUACUAUGAAAGCAGAAUCGUUCUUCAAGCUUUGUUCAUCACCUUGGGAGUGUUUGUCGGCCUGACUCUCUUUACCUUCCAAACCAAAUACGACUUUUCCUCUUGGCCACCCAUCCUUUACAUCUCCAUCUGGGGCCUCCUUACCACCUCGCUCAUCUCAGUCUUCCUUCCUUUCAAUGCCACUUUCGACCUCAUCAUCGCUGCUUUUUCCACUCUCUUGUUCUCGGGCUUCGUGCUCUAUGACACGCAGCAGAUUAUGCAGAAGUUGAGUGUGGAUGAGGCGAUCGUGGGAGCUUUGACGCUUUAUCUGGAUUUCUUGAACCUGUUCUUGAGUAUCCUGAGACUGCUUAACAACCAGAACAACCGAUGA